AUGUCGGACUCGCCAGUUAAACAGGCAUGUGAAGCCUGUCGCCGGCGCAAGGUCAAAUGCACAUCCCCACGUCCUUGCAAGCAGUGUCGAUCUGCCGGCUUAGUCUGCCGGACCUCAAUGCAAAAACAGCGAAAAGGUAGACAGAGUGAGAAAACUGCCAACGUCCUCAGUGAGCUACGGUCAAAGGAAAAUGUACAGGCUCUUCCGCGUGAAACGAGCAUUUAUUCGCCUUCCACGGGUCCCAGGAUUGAGAGCGUAACAACACCCUUGUCGCCACCGGCCUCUGGGAGAUGCCAUUUCUCCCGAACUGCAGGGCUUCUGAGUUCUAGUCUUAUUGAUGAUUGCUCGGAAUACUUCUUCUCACGUAUGCGGGGAACAGUGCCAAUCUUGCAACCCUGUGGGUUCCAGAAGCAGAUAGACCUCGCUGGUUCAUGUCUCCAUGCAUACUGUUUGGUCACAGCUUUCUGUGCAUUCGUGGUUACCCAAACUGGGUUCUCGGUGGAGUAUGAUUCCAUGAAUUACUCAGACAAAUGCUCCCUUGAGGACUUUCGAGGCUCCUUGAUUACAGAAGCUACCGAAGCUCGAAGACAUAUUGACCCGGUCACGGAUCCUGUUCGCCAGAGCAUUAUCAUCGCUUUUCUUCUCUAUGGAUGUCAUAUUGGGCUUGGGAAUCAAAGGCAUGCUUACUAUUAUCUUCGCGAGGCCACGACCCUUUAUACUGCCAGUGCUCUGGAUGACCAGACAUCCUCAAGGCAGGUAGAUGAUGAUGACCCUUCAGAAGAAGGGAAAUUGUUUUGGUUGUUGGUAAUUUCGGAGAGGGCUCAUGCCAUCAGACGACACAGGCCAAUUACCCUCCAGGUGACCUCCGAAAGCCCUCAAUUAGAAGACGACAUCAAUUUACCCACGUCGACUGCCGGCUUUCUUUGUCUGGUAAACCUUUAUCGUCCAUUCGAUGAAAGUUUUCUUGGUCAGUGGAAUGGAAUAAAUGCAACUUGCUCGAUUGAGUCGCUUGUCCAACUCCAAGAGCGCAUUCAAAACGCAGUCCCCGCUGAUCUCGAUCUACCCGACAUACUCAUGGCCGACUUGCGGGUAUCUCAGCAAUGGCUUCGUAUCAUGAUAUGGCAACUCUCGACUACGGCAGGAUUCUUGUCAACAAGCCCUACCCAUGCAUGCAUGGAUUUCCGCCACCCUCUACAGAUCGCGGAAGAUCUGUGUCUCGCCACAUGGAAAUUAUCAAAACAGAGCAUGGAGACUCAUGGGAUCGGGCUCAUCGAGAAGUUAUUUGAGGUAGCAUGCACGUUGGUUGAUGUCAUGGCGUGUCUGUCGGUGGCGGGUCUCCGCUCUUCGGGCUUCAAGCUCGGCCCACAAGAUUAUCUCAAGCAUCUUUGUACUCUCAUCCAUGAUCUUCCAGGAGGCCGACGAAGAUACCUGCCGCUUCUUCUUACCAAGAUACGCCAAAGUCUUUCUUCGAUGAUAGCGCCAAUCACCAUUCAUCUCAAUCUCCAACCAUAUCCACCGGCUGACAGCUCUGUCCCUAAUAGCGACACUUUAUCACCUAUUGUCUCAAGUCAAAUCUCUCUUCAAGAGGGUCUCACGGAUUCCACAUCAACUGAUAUGCAUCCUGGUUCGGCUCCUGGGAAUUGGAUGGACAGCAAUUUCAACUAUGCAGAGAUGAGCCGCAUAGGUGACAAAACACCGGAGAUCGAUGAGGCAUUUCUCCAGUACUCAAGCUAUUUCUCCUGA